UGCAUUUCUAUUCAGAGUGCAGCUGUGUAAGGGAGCGGGGAGGGGGGAGAGAGAACAGGGAAGGGGGUACAGGAUGAUUAGAGUGGGGUAAGAAAUCUUAAGUGAGGGGAAAAGGGCAGGUAAGGAAAAGGGAGAAUAUGCUGGGAAAAAAGUUUAAAUAAUAGAUUGCCUGAAAACAAUAAGAGAGAUGUGAGAAAGGAGGAAAUAGAAUUACAUGAUAAAUACUGGAAUGUAAAAAUAGUGAGUUGGAAGAAAGGAAAGGGAUAUUCACUUGGGGUCCAGGAGAACUGAGUAGUUUAUUUAAGGGAGACAUAGGGGUUACAGGCAAGUACCAUAGUGAUAUCUUGUGACUCCCACAUCAUGGGCACCCAGGAAUACUAUCGGACAGACAGCACCGACUCCACUGUCACCAUGCUCAAACCAGAGAAAGAGAGUGUCGUGGAAAUAACAGAAAAGAAGACAAAGUAUCUCCUAAGAAGAGAGUGCAGCACACUGUGGAUGUCGGUGACAGUUGGAAUUGCCAUUCUCCUGGUGAUAGUUAGUGACAUUGCUUUGUUUAUGCAUUUCACCGCGGCCAUCUCUAAGGUGAGGGUUUACCCAUAUGGAGUGAAAUUGGAGGGCAAUGCAUGUACUUCGUGUCCGUCCGGUCCAGCUGUAACUAGAACCCACAGAAACUUGGGUGGUAUAUGUUUAACCCUGGCUGUGACUGGACUGGGAACUGCUGCUGUAAUAAGAUAUUUCUCAUGUGUAUGUUGUAUAAAAUAAUGAAAAAUAAUAAUAAUAAUGUCAAUGAAGUAGAGAUUCUUAAUGCAUAUUGCACCUGUUCUAAUUACUCUAAUGAGAUAAUAUGUAGCUUGUGUAAUAUAUAUAUAUAUAUAUAUAUAUAUAUAUAUAUAUAUAUAUAUAUAUAUAUAUAUAUAUAUAUAUAUAUAUAUAUACACACACACACACACACAUAUUGCAUGCAACUGCUGUUAUUUUAGUUUAUGUACUGUGUGGAUGGUAACAUCAUCCAUGCAAUUAUUCUCCGUAAAUAACAUGCAAUAAUGUAUGCAUCAUCUCCAAGACCCUAAUCUUGGUUAGAACCAGACAGUCCAAGAUUAGUGGGAGUUACACUCCAGAUACUGCAUACAAAACUCUACAUUACCCUAACACUACUCACUAACACACUAAACUGCACUGCAUACAAAACUCCUCAUUACCCUAACACUACCCACUAACACACUAAACUGCACUGCAUACAAAACUCUACAUUACCCUAACACUACUCACUAACACACUAAACUGCACUGCAUACAAAACUCCACAUUACCCUAACACUACCCACUAACACACUAAACUGCACUGCAUACACAACUCUACAUUACCCUAACACUAUUCACUAACACACUAAACUGCACUGCAUACAAUACUCUACAUUACCCUAACACUACUCACUAACACACUAAACUGCACUGCAUACAAAACUCUACAUUACCCUAACACUACUCACUAACACACUAAACUGCACUGCAUACAAAACUCUACAUUACCCUAACACUACUCACUAACACACUAAACUGCAUUGCAUACAAAACUCUACAUUACCCUAACACUACUCACUAACACACUAAACUACACUGCAUACAAAACUCUACAUUACCCUAACACUACUCACUAACACACUAAACUGCACUGCAUACAAAACUCUACAUUACCCUAACACUACUCACUAACACACUGAACUGCACUGCAUACAAAACUCUACAUUACCCUAACACUACUCACUAACACACUAAACUACACUGCAUACAAAACUCUACAUUACCCUAACACUGCACUAAUCACUAGACAUUAACCCCUAAAGUGCACUUACCCAAACCAUGAACCCCUGCACAAGUAUUCAUUGACACUAGCCCUAACCUAAUAUAUAGUGUAAUUAUGUAAAAGAGACAUAAUGGUAAAGCACGUUUUAGGGGAAAAUAAUGCCAUCUCGGGGCUCUGUAGACAUUUACAGACCCCCUUGACAUUUGUUCUCUUGGUUUAUAAAGAUAAUUCCAGAACCCCUAUAAGCAUCCUGAGAAUAUUUACAUGAAGUAACCAAACCUGUAUUUUGUUGAAUACCAACUUUUGCUAAAUUUAGAACAAAACAGCAAAUGACUAGUAGUAGGAAAUGUCCUCCAUCUCAACUUUUUUGCUUCAGUUUGUUUUCAAUACAGCACAAUUACAAAUAUUAAGUGAAUAAAUCGCAUAGAAUCCCUGACAGUUCCAUGUAUGAACACACAGGAUGAUUUAUUGGGGUUAUUCACUAAAGCCAUACUUCCUAACUGUCUUGGGUUCCUGAAUUCAGGAUCUUCUCCUGUCAUUCCAGGUUUGCUCUCUGGUGUCUCCCCAUCUGGUGGAACCAAUAAGCAAAUCCCUACAAGGCACAUGUGCUGCCCUUAGAGGUGUUUGGUGAAACCACGCUGACAUGUAAAAAAAUGUCAGCCUUUUGACGCAACUAAUAACACAGUCACAACCCUGCCUUGCAUUGUUCUAGUUGCCUUGUUUCAUACCUCACAACAUUGGACUAAACCAGGAAAUGUGGUGAAUCAACAACAAAUUUUUUUUUUAUUUUAGGCCUAAAAUAGCCAAUUUGGAAAAAUUCUCUAAGUCAGCUAUUUCCCAGCUUGGCAAUUUUGGCCUCAAGUUACAAUUUCUUUUUCAUUUCAGUCUUAAUUCUCAGCAUAAUGAAUAAUUCCUUUAGACGCCUUUUAUCUACUCUUGCUUUGAAUUUCUUAUUAUACAAGGAAGUUACAGCACUUUGCAAGCUUGCUAUCAAGUUCAACCUUUGACCAGUUUUGUUUUUCCUUCAAGUCUUUCAUUUCAGAUGAGUUUAGAUAGAACUGAAAAUUUCCUUUGGAUGCAGUCCUAUGAAAGAUUUUGUUAGCCGUAUUAGAUUUUUACAUGAAAAAGAGGAACACAAAUAUUUAUCUGAGAAAUACUGUUGUAGAGAUUCCCUCCCAUUCUCAUCCUUGCUCUGCAGGUGCACUCAAUAGGACUACUAAAUUGGCAAUAAUUUAUAUUAAAGAGGCACACCAGGCUGGAAAUAUUCUUUCUUAAAGGGACACUAGAGUCACCAGAACCAAUACAGCUUAACCCCUUAAGGACAAAUGACAUGUGUGACAUGUCAUGAUUCCCUUUUAUUCCAGAAGUUUGGUCCUUAAAGGAACACUAUAGUCACCUAAAUUACUUUAGCUAAAUAAAGCAGUUUUAGUGUAUAGAUCAUUCCCCUGCAAUUUCACUGCUCAAUUCACGGUCAUUUAGGAGUUAAAUCACUUUGUUUCUGUUUAUGCAGCCCUAGCCACACCUCCCCUGGCUGUGAUUGACAGAGCCUGCAUGAAAAAAACAACUGGUUUCACUUUCAAACAGAUGUAAUUUACCUUAAAUAAUUGUAUUUCAAUAUCUAAAUUGAACUUUAAUCACAUACAGGAGGCUCUUGCAGGGUAUAGCAAGCUAUUAACAUAGCAGGGGAUAAGAAAAUCUACAUUAAACAGAACUUGCAAUAAGGAAAGCCUAAAUAGGGCUCUCUUUACAGGAAGUGUUUAUGGAAGGCUGUGCAAGUCACAUGCAGGGAGGUGUGACUAGGGUUCAUAAACAAAGGGAUUUAACUCCUAAAUGGCAGAGGAUUGAGCAAUGAGGCUGCAGGGGCAUGUUCUAUACACCAAAACUGCUUCAUUAAGCUAAAGUUGUUCAGGUGAAUAUAGUGUCCCUUUAAGGGGUUAAAGGAAUACUAUAGUGUCAGUACUACAAACACGUAUUCCUGUCACUAUAGUGCUGGAAUGCAGCAUUAGGUCCCUGGUCCCCAUCUCUCUCGAAAUUAAAGUUAAUUUUACUCACCUUUUCUCCCAUGCUGUACUGAUUUCGCCACGGGUAGCCCUGCCUGGUAACACCUGCAUGGCUGAUAUCAUUAAUUUUGAUGAUCUCAGCCAAUCCAAUGCUUUUCCAUAAGAAAGCAUUGGGAGGCUAUGGCAAAUGGCUGUGCUCCGACAAUCAGCAUCGUCUCAUAGAGAUGCAUUAAAUCAGUGCAUCUGUAUUGGGAAUGUUCAAUGCCUCCAUGCAGAGCGUGGGGACACUGAAUGUAGGUGUUGCACACUGUCUGAAUGGUUGCCACUAGCGUUGUAACAAGCAAGCAAUGUAAACACUGAUUUUCUCUGAAAAGGCAGUGUUUACUGUGAUAAGCCUGCAGGGACAUCCUAUAGACACCAGGGAAUGAUUAUACUCACCAGAACAACUACUUUAAGCCAUAGUUGUUCUGGUGACUAUAGUGUCCCUUUAAAUCAAAUCGUAUAAACUGCAUAAAAGUUGUAUUGGUCCCAGUUUAUUGCACAUGAAUAAUUCAGCCAGCAUCAGAAUGUCAUGUAAUGUUGGAUAGCACCUUUCAUUGGCUGCCUGAUUGCAUAUAGAGUUUGUCUGGUAAUAAAUGCAUAAUUUGGCAACCCUUUAAUUAAUUGUACUUAAAUAUCCUGGUAUUUAAAGCAUGGGUAUGUCAAACAUCAGAAAUGCCAGUCUAAAAUAUAGGAUGUCACAUUGUCCUAGUGACCUACUGAUGGCUACAUUGUCCAUAGCAAGUUGCUGAGAAAUAUCUGAUCAUAAUUAAUUGUAUGAUUCAGGGGAAUACAUCUGGUUAAGGGUGUGGGAGAUUUGAGAAAAUGCAUACCAGGACAUGCAGAAAUUUAAAUCCAUUUGGAAUCAUUUCAAAUUAUGAUUCAGACAAAAUGCAGAAGGAAGCCAAUGGUAGACACGCACCCUCUCAAACAAAUUAAAUGGGUUUUAUACAUUAAAAGGGACACUGUAGGCACCUCUGCAUGGGGACACCUAGCGUCAGAUUUUUCCCCAUAGAAAAGCGUUGAUUUAAUACUUUCCUAUGGGGAGAUCUAAUGUGCGUGCAGCAUUUGCUAUGCAUGCUCAUUGCGGGAUGUCGGAGGGGGCGGCAUGUUGGCCCAGCACCGAGGGACACUGGGAUCGGGUAUGUAAAUAACGAGGGAGGCAGGGAGAGCAAUUGUUCCAGGACUACAGCUUUGUAUUUCUGGCACUAUAGUAUCCCUUUAAACAAUGAAUUAUGUGAAAUGAAAACCAAACUGCUAAAUUCUGGCUAAAUGUCAAGCUGUAACUAUAGCUGAGUUGGAGAUUUGACUGUCUCCUUUCUAUGUUCCUACAUUUCUUACUAUGUGCUUGUACUGUCAACAAAAUUACAGGAAUUUGAUGAUAACUGUAGACAGUUUUAAGAAAGAGGAAGGGAGCAUAUGGAGGGAAAAGACAGUUUAAAAAAGGAUGAUCAAUCAAGAAGAUUGUGGAUUUAAACAUCAAAUUGUAGCAAGUGAUAAUCAAAUUGUUACAUUUAUGAUAAAAUAUUUAGUACAUGGCAAGCAAUGCACAGUCCCUUUACCACUUAUAAUGUUAAAAUAACACUAUAGCAUUAGGAAUACAAAUCUAUAUUCCUUAUGAUAUAGCGUUCCCAUGCCUACUGGUAGGCAGGUCACCCAGGGGUGCAAAAUAAAGCUGAAAAAUAAAGAUUUACUCACCUUCUUCCAGUACCAAGGCUCCCUCAACGAUGCUCAGCUCUCCUCCCCAGCAACGUCAUGGUGCAGGCUGGGUCUCCUCUGUGAUAUCCAAUCGGGGACCUAAUGUGCAUGCGUGCAUUCACACUUUCCCAUAGGAAAGCAUUGAAUCACUUAUUUCCUAUUGGACUUCUGUAUCACGUGACAGACUUUUACUCUGUCAGUGCCAUAGAAGCGUGUCUAUUGGCUGUCAGUAUGACAGGUGCUAGAGCAGAAGUCAACCCUGCAAUGUUAAAUUGCAGUAUCUCAAAAACUGCAGUGUUUUACAUUGCAGGGUUAAGGGGACAGGGACACUAUAUCCAGCCCACUUUGUUGAGAUGAAGUGGUCUGGGUAACUAAAGUGUUUCUUUAACUGCCCCUAAGGUACAGGGCAUAACAGUUCCUAAAAAGUACGUAUUAUUCUAUGGAGUCUGCAAGGAAGUAGGGAUGUGCAUGGGCCAAAAAUUUGGUUCGGUUCGGACUUCCGAAAUUAGGGGGUUCGGCAAUUCCCUAACCCUACUCCUAACCCUAACCCCACCCCAACCCUAACCCCGCCCCUAGCCCAGCCCUACCCUAACCUCAUAACCCUACCCCUAACCCCACCUCAACCCCAACCCUAACCAUAACCCCUAACCCCACCCCUAACCACUUACCUCAUAACCCUACCCCUAACCCCACCUCAACCCCAACCCUAACCAUAACCCCUAACCCCUCCCCCUAACCCUACUCCUAACCCAACCCUAUCCUAACCCCAUAACCCAACCCUAACCGUAGCCCCAAUCUUCCUCUGCCCCUAACCCUACCCCUGAACCUAACCCUACCCCUACCUACCUAGUAGGGGUAGGGUUAGAUUCCUGUCAUCAUUCCCUUAAUUUUCCCUCCCCCUCCUCUUCUGCCACUUUUCAGAAAUCCGAAGCACUUUGGUACUUCUGAAACUCGGCACUUCGGAAAUUCGGUUCGGUUCGGCACUUCCAAAAUUCAGCACUUCGGCAAUUCGGUUCGGCACUUCCGAAAUUCGGAAGCAUCCGAAUUGCUGAAAUUCGUCCGAAUUUAAAUUCAGACCGAAACGAAUUGCACAUGUCUACAAGGAAGUUUCUCCAUGGGACAUGAUGAGAGAUACACAGGUGGACGUAUAGCUACCCACUUGUUCAUUUUCAUACCACCUCUCAAGGUGUCAGUAAAUAGGGACUUCAACUACAUUAUACCCAUUUACCUAUUGCCCAAUCCACAUUUAAUAGGCAUACAGGAAGGAGCUCAGGGAUUCCUCUUAGUUAUCAGAGGCAAUGGACUAUCGUUUCACCAGGUGCACAUUAAAGGAGAACUAUAGUCAACAUAUAAAAGCAAGAAAGACAGGUUCCCUAGCCUUCUUUCUUGCUUUUAUAUGAACUUACCAUUAAUAAAAAGUAAAUUCGAGCCCUUUUUAUCAUAUAAACUUACCUCCAUUGCAGCGCCGAGCUCCUCGACAGCCCGCGCCACCUUUUUCGUCAAAAUGACGAUGUAGCAGGGCUCAAUUACUCACUCUCAAUCUCACACUCAAUCUCUCACUCACUCACACUCAAUCUCUCACUCACUCACAAUCACUCUCUUACACUCACUCUCAAUCUCUCACUCACUCACAAUCUCUCACUCACUCACACUCAGUCACUCACUCACACUCACUCUCUCAUAAACUCACUCUCUCACACAAUCAUUCUCUCACAGAAUCACUCUCUCACACAUUCACAAUCACUCUUUCUCUCACUCACACUCACUCACUCUCUCACACAAUCACUCUCUUAAACAAUCUCUCUCACUUACUCUUAAUAUCAAACUCUCACUCACUUACCCACACUCACGCACUCACCCACACCCACCCACUCACACUCACUCAAUCUCUCACUCACAAACUCAAACACAAUUUCUCACUCACACUCAAUCUCUCACUAACUCCCACACACUCACUUACUCACCCACACUCAGUCACCCACACUCACUUACUCAUUCACACUCACUCAGUCACUGCCACUGGAGGUGUUCAUAGCUUCCAAUGUAAACACUGUAUUUUCUCAGAAAAUACAGUGUUUACAUGAGAGAGGCUGCAGGGAGCUAUAGUUCUCACCUGAACACCCUCAUUAAGCUGAAGUUGCUCAGGUGACUAUAGUGUCCCUUUAGGUGAGAAAUAGGAAGAAGGCUGUAUGUAUGGCAGAAAAAAAGAGAAGUCAAACACUAUCCUGUGAUGGGAUUCCAGCAUGGUUAAAAUUUAGUAGGCCAAAAUCUCCAUGUGGCAUAUGUGUAUGUUGUGUCAGUUGGUUAGCUACAUGUAGCUAGGAUACUGUCAUCAGUGUACUGAGCAUGUGCAGGAAUGCAGAAACUGAAAUUGCACUUAUUUCCUUUGUCUUGGAUGAGCCAUGUGGUUUGACUAGAUGUACAAGUCUAUAUUCUGCUCAUUGAUUGGUUAAAGGUAUAUGUGGGUGUAGCUAUUAAUGGGAUGAGUUAUAGUGCUAUAUAAGGAAUGUACACCAUGUGUUGGUCUCUCAGAAUGUUGGAACAGGAGUUCAUCUGAGACCCGAUCGGUAAUGUGAAUAAAGGCCUGUUACUUCCUGAAGACCUGUGUCCAAUAUUUCUGUGUUUGGCUUCUGCAUGCUUACACUGCAACAAUCCGGGUUAGUCAUUGGAGUGAGAAUUCAAAAUGAAUUUCACAUUUAAGGCCAGAGUAGCCAAACUCAAAGCAUAGCGACAGGUCUCUCCGUCUUUAGCUUUUAUUCCUCAUCUCUCAACAUUCUAUUUCCCCCAGCAGUCUGUAUGGUAACGGUUUCUUUGCUCAUUUUGUCUCAUUCUCUCCAGUGUCUAUUUUUUUAUCAGUGUUUUCUGACUGGUUUUCUGCUUUUUUGUUCUGGUUUUUUUUUAUGUCUGGAUGGGUUAAGUUCACUAAACAGUAUAUUGUAGAGAGAGUUGAAAAAUAAAUUGAAAAAACUAGGUCAAAAGAGAAGAGCACAAAAGGCCUCCACCUCAGCUGAGCUGGAUAAUUGUUCUAACUCAGCUUUUUGGCCUACGGAAAUAUGUUUCUAAGACACUUUUCAUAUCAUAAUUUAGUGAAAAAAAACUCCCAAGAGUCAGUUUCUUUCUUUAUUUCUUUCUUACUUUCCUCUUGCAUAUAAAUACGUACAUGCAUUAUCAGACACAAACAGUGCAUUACACGUACAUCUACACAUGCAUGGAGCCUUACAUACACAAAGGCACAUAUAAACACACACUGUUUGAAACAUAUAUUAGUUUCAUAUAGAUACACAUGAAGAUCAUAAAUCCGAAUAUCCAUGCAUGCUCUUUACAUGCAUCCACACGAAUACAAUGCCUUAUAUAUACAUUAACAUACACAACAACCUUUUCUGCUUAUACUAAAAAGUAAUAAUACUCUUUUUACUUUAUUAAAGAAAUUCAAGAUACAGCCCACAGCAGACAUUGUUAAAAUGCUAGCCUAAAACAACUGGAAAGAUGUUUAAUGACAGUAAAGCAUGCCUUGUAAAUAAAAAAAAUAAAAAAAAUAAAAAACUACUGAGAAUUUUUAUUGAAAAACAAGUAUAGUUAGCUAUAUGGUUGUAUAAAAGUCUCACGAUUAACAGUUACACUUUAAAUGUAUGUUACGAAAGCAUACAUGCAGUGUCAUACAGACUAAAGAGAAACAAUGAAGAUUUGGAAACAAAAUUUCAAAAUGCCAUGUUUGCCCCAUCCAACUAUAGGUUCAAACCCAGGGCAUGUGGGACAAGCUGCACUGCCUACAGAUUAUUAACACAAUGGGAGGCGUAUCUCCUGAUGCUGAAUUUGACCUUGAUGAGUUCAACAAAAAAGAGUCAUGCCAGAAAUUGAUCAGCAGCAUUACAUCUUAUGUGACCCAGGUGAGUUCUAUAUUUUUCCAUCACUAAUUCACACGGGACUGUCCUAUUCUGAUAUGACGAUUAAACCUAUUUCCUGGUGAUUCCAGUACUGUUGAAGCUUUCUGUUCAUGGUUUAUUGUUACUGUAUCCUGUCCGCAUUCCAAAGCACACAAUGAAAAACUGUUGUUAAGCUUCCUGUUGGCUGGUCCCAAAUUCUUUUUCACUUAUUCAGUUUCAUUAAGCACUUAAUUUAAAUACUUGUUGUGGGAGGUUGGGUAACAUUGCACUGAAAUGCCUGCCAAAAGGAGGCAUCACAUCAGUGUUUUUAACCCCAAAGAGCCAAAGUUAUUUUGAGAUGUAACAUAUCUGUGACCAAGGCCUUUUUGGCACUUUUGUAAUGCGUUUAUUCUACCACAGUUUCUGCCUUUCUGUUCAAGUGCACCCAAAAUAUACAUAAUUUAUUAAAGAAUACGUAGGGCUUUUGUUUUAUACCCUAAAUGGACACAUAACACAAUAUCAAAUCUGAAUAAAAUGUAUUAAAAAUGAAAAAAACUAAAACUAGUUUUUUUCUUUGUUUAACAAUUCAUAAUUUCUACACAACAAGUGCUAAAGAAAACUAACUCAAAAUAGAUUCACUAACCUGUCCUGAUUGUUAAAAUGUCUUGUAUGUCUAGAACUCCAAUAUUGUUUUUUUAAUUUAGAAAACAAAUAUUGCGAGGCGUGAAUUACGGUUUUAAAGCUAAAAUUUGGCAUGCUACUAUUACAACUUUUAUAGUAGUCACAGAAUCUAAAAACGCUAUGCAAAAGUAUAUAUUUGUAGAACGUUAAUUCCCCAGGCUAUUUUACAACCCGGGCUGGAUGGAGAGGAAAGGGUUAAAUCUUACCUAUUUUCCAGCGCUGGGCAGGGAGCUCUCCUCCUCCUCUCCCCUCUCUUCUCCUCCUCUUCGGCUGAAUGUGCAUGCGCGGCAGGAGCUGCGCGCGCAUUCAGCCAGUCCAUAGGAAAGCAUUCACAAUGCUUUCCUAUGGACGCUGGCAUCUUCUCACUGUGAAAAUCACAGUGAGAAGCACGCAAGUGCCUCUAGCGGCUGUCAAGAGACAGCCACUGGAGGCUGGAUUAACCCUAUUAUAAACAUAGCAGUUUCAGAGAAAAGUUUAUAAAAAAAGGGUUAACCCUAGCUGGACCUGGCACCCAGACCACUUCAUUAAGCUGAAGUGGUCUGGGUGCCUAUAGUGGUCCUUUAAGUCUCUAUUACACAUGGGAAUGCAAUGCUGCUACAGUAACUGAUAUAUGUGGCUACUUCGGGCCUGAAGAUCAUGAUAUGCCUGCUUUAACUACUGUGGGCCCACUGAAACAGUAUAGGGGCCUAGUACUUGGUCCCAAACCAGAGGUUAAGAACCAUGACAUCUAGUCUAUAUCUUCUUUUUCAUAUGUUGUUUUUUUGCUCAACUUCUACAUAUAACCAUUUAAAUCCAGCCAAAACAUGUAUCAUUACUUCAACUUAUUUUCUCCUCACAAAAAUAACGAAUGCAAUAGAGAAGAUUUGCACCUUCAGCAGUUCUGCUACUUUCUACCUAUCUCUCUGAGUGGAUCAGCAGUUGGAAGGUCCUUUUUUGUCCAAACUUCCAGUUUAAAAGAAGAAAGAGUAAACACGAGACAAAUGGCUUGCCAUUCACUUUAAAGGUUGCUAGAAACCAAGGGCUGUCUGUACUUAGUGCCGUGUGGCCCCGGCAAAUCCUAUUGCUGAAAGUAAAUAAAAAUAGAGAAACCAGGUUAGGAACAUUCUGUUGUUAAAGUGCUAUCUUCUUUUCUACAGGUGGCAGGAAGUGUUAUCCAAAGGGAAAAGGAGCUUGGUAAGUGUGGUGAUCUUUUCAUUGUAGUUGUAGUUGUAAGUAGACUAAUUAAGUAACAUGGAUUUUUCUACUGCAAAUUAAAGGGGCACUCCAGGUUGGAACUGAAAA